AUGGCUAAUAGGAUUUCUGAAGAAAAAGAUACUGCUGACGAAGAACUCGACUUGAGCAAUGAGUUAGAUUUUUUGCUCAACUUAAACAGUGAUGAUGUGGAAAAGAAGCAGAAAGGACGGCGUAUUGGGAAAUAUGAUGAACAGAAGGAGGAGAGGGAUUGUCAUGAUCAGGGAGUAAAGAGUAGUGAGGAAGGACGUGCUAAAGACCUUCAGAGUAAAAUUUUCUUGGACUUCUUCAUAGAAUAUGAUUCUGUUGACUUGGACAAGUUGAAUGUGGACACGUUUGCUGAUCGUUGUUUUUCACUACUAGAAACUCUGGCUGUUAGUGAACUUGCUACAGACAGACAGCUUGCAGUGGAAAAGCUUUUGCAAUAUCUCUCUCUGGUGGAUAAAAGUGAAGAAAAAAUUGAUAAAACUUUACCUAUUUUUUGCAGUUUAAGUGAAGAUAAAGAACUCUCUGUAAGAUGUUGGUUCAUAGACAUGAUACCACAACUAGUGUCAUUUUGUAAAGAAAAUCGACCUUAUGCAGGCAAUGUGGUUAAGCAGGUACUAGUGCCUUAUGCUUUAAAGUGUUUCACUGCAACUCAGCUUUUGGUGCGGCAAGUUGGCCAUGCUUCUUUAAAUACUUUGAUGGAGAAUAAUCUGAUUGAAAAUUCACAGUUAUCUGAGUGGGUUUGUCCAUUUGUAGCUCAGUGCAUUGUAGCUCCAGACAAUUCAAUUGAAGUACAGAGAGAAGAUUUAUCUUUUAUGAACAAAAUUUUGCUAUUCAUUGGGAGAGAAAUGACUGUGAAAUUUUUUUUGGAUCCUUUUGUAUCAAUGUGUGCGAAAGCUGAUAAAUAUAUACGAAAGGUCUGUGCAAGUAAUUUUCUUACAUAUGCCCAUUUUGUGGGAGAGGGAUUGACAGAUUCUCCUUUGCUCCUAUCCUUCAUUAACCUCUGCAAUGAUCAUGAGAACGUAGAUGUGUGCCUGCCCUGCAUUGAAGUACUUGCUGAAGUAUCGAAAUUAGUCAGUAUGGAAAUACGAAAAGAACUGCUGACGAAUGUUUUCAUGCACUUGAUUGAAAGUGACAAUGCUACUAUAACAAAGUUUGCUAGUCAAGAGCUUGGAAAAUUCAUUUCCACCUUUGCCACUUCAUCUGAUUAUAAAUUGGAUCCUUCAGGACAGACUAGAAGCAUUGAUAAGAGCUUGGAAGAAAGUUCAUUCAAAACUUUUGAAACAGCCAAAGGUGUUUUCUUAACAUGCAAUAAAAGUUCUAGUGCCAAUGUUUUAAACACAUUGAACUGUAAUUUGAAUUUUCCUUCCUAUGUAAAAGAAAAUUAUGUAAGUGGAGGGACGAAUAGUUCUUUUUCAAAUAAAAUGCAUGGUGUGCUUCAAAAUGAACUUAUCAAAUGUAAACAGAAAGAUUUAAAUGAAAACUUGCCGAGUAACAUGGACCUGACAGAAAUUGAAAGUGUUCUGAGCACUUUUUCAGACACAGAAGGUGCCUCAGCUACAAUAUCAAACUUUGAAGAAAAUAUUAACGGUGUAAAUAAUGUAAACGUGUUCAACAAUUUCCAGUACUGGAAAUAUCCUCUCCCUGAAGUUGAACUAGAAUUGAAGGAUCAUUUACAAAAUGAUUCCACCGAAAGGAAACUGAAGUUUUCUAAAUCUGAAGCUAAACUGAAGCUAAAAAUUUCAACCAUUUCUCAAUUUGUAGACCAAGUAGAUCAUUCCGAUUCUGUUCAAAAAACAGAGGCUGUAAGCGAUGUGGACUCACAGUGUACUGACCCGUGUACUCAAACAUUUCGAUCCAGAAGUUACAUGAUGAUAAAUCAGAGACAUAAACCAUUAAGAAAGAAAAUUCGAAACCUAGCCGAAAGCCAAGACAUAAUCCCUCCCGUCUUGUUGGACUUGUAUUUGAAACUUUGCCACAAAAGAGAAUUUGAAGAGCACUGUGCCCGCAGCUUUCCUGCUGUUGCCUACACUGUUGGGAAAAAGCACUGGUUUAUUGUACGUGAUGCAUGUGUGCAUUUUCUUUAUAGUGGGGCGACUAUUCGUAAAAUCAUGGCUACCAGCUUUCAUGAGCUCGUCAUGAUUGUCGACCAAGAAAUCUUCAAUAAAGACCUAUUACCCUUCUUCAAAGAAUUUUUAGUAGAUUGUGAUGAAGUACGUGACAAAGUCGUUGAGCAUCUGUCGGAUAUUGUACAACAUGGUGGUGACAGUGCAAGAAUAGCUUUUUCAACUGCAAUGAAAUCUGGAACGUUGGAAUGCUGCGGCAGAAAUUGGAGGUUUGAAUUCACUCUUGCCAAACAACUGUCUUCCAUAAUAAUGCUAUUUGAUACAAAAGAAGUGAGUAGGAUUUAUUUGCCCUUUGCAUUGGAUUUGCUCAAGAACAAAAUUUCAGUGAUCAGGCAUGCUGCAGUAGAACUGUUAGCCAUCAUUCUUAAACACCUUCUUACUGACAAAGCAACUUUGGAUUUUGUUGCAAGAACACUUCACAACCUAGUUGAAAAUUACAAGAAUGCUCAGAAGUGGAACAGACGGCAGUUGUAUGUGGAUUUUUCUGAGCAGAUUGCCAUCAAACAAUCGCUUUCCAUGGAUAUGUAUGUUGAAAAAAUAGUUCCUCACCUUUUAGCUCUCGCUAGGGAUAGCGUGCCAAAUGUGCGACUUUCUGUGGCCAGAAGCUUUGCUCGUUCUUUAGUGCCUUUGGGAUACUUUGUCAGCAUGCAAAGCAGUCACAGCUUGCUCUUGACACAGGUGCUCUUCUCUCUGCAAAAUGACAUUGAAAGGGAUGUAAGAAGCUUUGCAGUCCUUGUGCCAGCCACCUCAAUCAAUUCCACAAAGCAGGAAGCUAGAGAUUGCUGAAAGGCACAGAAGAAUAGCGGUAGUGUUCUCAGAAAUACCACCAAGCAGUGUCCUUAUGUUUCUGAAGUUGAUCUAUGAUAUAUAUAUUACUUCAAUGCUGUGAUACCUAGCUGUUUGUUAUACAUUUUUCAAAAAUCAAAAAGCUGUUUUAGUUAAAUAAAUGACAGAUAUUUUAUAA